UCCACGCCGUUUCCGUGCGACAUCCUUCAGGACUGGAGUGGGCGCAGCUCCGCCGCGGAGGCUUGGCUGGGGUUUGAACCUCCGCCCGCCCCUUUCCUCCGGCGCGCCGCUCCCCCGCAGCAGCAGCGGGACAGUCGGGACUCCUCCAGCCGCCCGUCGGAGCCCCGUGAGCAAGAGCUGGACUCAGAAUUAAGGGAAAUUCCGUCGUUUUGGGGCGUUUAUGAUCCCCGAGAAAUCUAAACGCUUGCGAGGCAGGACCGGCCCUGAAACUGGCACCCCACCGAGGACGAUGGGGGAGAUGAAGGAUUAGGGGAUAAUCCGGGGAUGGCUGCAUAGUGGGACCACAGAGGCGUCUGCAGCUGGACCUAUUUCUGAUCUGAUGUUGACAAAGCCUGAAGCCAGCCAGGCGGCGUGACCGCACUCCAUCAGGACCGGCUGCAUCCUGGAUCGGCGCGGAGUUCUCCUCCAUUUGUGUCUGUUUCAUUUGGCAGGACAUGCACGUCAACCGGCGGCGGCGAGCGGGUCCCACAUAAACACUUUCUGUUCGGCCCCAGAGUCGCUCUGAAGCUUCACCUCGUUGCUAUCUCGGACUGACAUUUGGAAGCCGUUCUUGGAUUUGUUGUUUGUUUUGUGGAUUAAAGGCGGUUCCAGAGCCGCUCGGGUCAUGAAUCUGCAGGAGAAGCUGUCGGGCCUCAAAGGCCUGGUCUCGCACUCCCACAGCCGGCGCCGUUUCAAAGGCGACCUCACCACGGAUAUGAUCAGCCCUCCUCUGGGCGACUUCCGCCACACCAUGCACGUGGGCCGCGGCGGCGACGUGUUCGGGGACACCUCCUUUCUGAGCAACCAUGGAGGGACGGCCAAUGGCGGCGGCGGCGACACCGACUCGGUUUCCUCCCCCGACAGCAAGAUCGGAGCGUUCUUCUCCAGGACGCUCCGGCAAAUCCGGAGGGGAUCCGACAAUCGACCCCGAGAUGCAUCCAGUGACUUCUCCCCUCCGCCCCCCGCCGUUUCCCCCAUCAUCAAGAACGCCGUGUCGCUGCCGCGGCUGGAUGUGGACGUGCCCAACGGGAGUCCCGUCACUAAAGUGCUGUUCCCCAGCUGCCAGAGCACGCCGGACGAGAAGAAGAGCUCCUACGGCGACUACGGUCUGGAGUCGGGUUUCGUCACUUUGCCCCGCCUCUCUCGCUCCGAGCGCCAGCAGCCGUCCGUCUCCGUCCCCUCCCACUCCGACGUGCGCCGCGGCUCGCUGAGCGACCAGACGGACGCCUCCACGGCGGCCUGCGAAGCCGAGCGCUCCACGGCCUUCUCCGACUCCCUGCCCUCACUCACCUCGCUGGACGCCUUCACCUUUGACCUCGGGCCCUCCCUCAUGAGCGAGGUGUUCAGCCUGAUCGACGGCCGUCAGGAGGGGGGCUCCCCGAUGUGGGACGGGGAGGAGUCAACCGUCAGGCUGACGAGUGAAGGGUCCAGAGGCGGUUCUGCCACCGUCUCGUACGUGGAUUCCCUGCUGAGGGAGGAUCCAGGUUUGGUUGAGGAGGAGGAGCGCGGCAGAAUUCGGCUUUCCGGUAAAGUUCCCGACGUUCUCCUGGGAUCUCAUGACCGAGUCGGGAUCAGGAUGGGGAGCGAGCGCUUCCAGAGCGCUACAGAUGUUCUGGCUCGCCAUUAUGGAGUCGUCAGGGAUGGAAGCACACAGAACCGGGCCAAGAACAAAACCUUCUACAGCUUCAUGGACGAUGAGGAUGAAAUUAAAGUCUGAGAAAGUCCAGAAAUACUGAAUAAAAAAACACUUUCCAUGUUAUUCCAAUCAUAAAUAUCCAGCUUUUAAUCGAUGAAACACCGACAGGAAUCCGGUUUAAUCCUGGAUUCUCCGAGGACGUCUGGAAUACUAACCUGCUGCUAAACCACCAGAACAACUUUGAACCGAUCCGGUUAGGGAAGGACGGAUGUGCCAAAGAGAAAGGAAGUCCACUCGAAAUAGGAGCGCCGGUCGUUUGGUAUUUUUACACACUUCCUCUCACAUUCUGCAGCGGCGACGCGGAGGGGAAGUGUCGUCAGUUUCACUCAGGAAUUCGCCACCAGGGGGCAGAAAGGGAAGUGAGCAGAGAGAGAUGAACCCAGAGGACUGAAUCCUGUCAAGCUGUUUAUGCUGCAGCGCUCGUAUACGUGCACCUUUGUUAUUCUAGACUCCUGUAUUGCCUUUUAUAGAAGCGUUAACCUCAUGAAGAUCUUGUACUCUGAGACAUGCUGCAGUCCAUCCUCUUCAACAAUAAACUGACAUUUAAGAUGCUUUUA